GGCUUGGUUAGAUGAACACAAGGAGUAGUAAUUGCUACACUGGUCUGGGAAAAAACAUCUGCAGCUGAAAGCUGGGAAGGAGGAUAAAGCUGGAGGAAUCUGGAGAGCAAAUCAGCAGCUUCCAGAGGAACUGUCUGACAGCAACUGCGUGACAGACUUCCUUCCUGCUGGCCCAGGAGCACCUGAUGCUGGUACCAUGGCUGACCCUGUAGCAGGAGAACCCGCGUCCCACACCAGCGAACUCUGCAGCGACUGUGGCCAGUUCCACCUCUUGCCUGACAAUCAUCUCUAUAACUUCCAAGAUGACGUGGACGAUGAACUCAUCUGCCAUAUCUGCCUUCAGCCUCUGCUGCAACCUAUGGACACCCCCUGUGGACACACGUACUGUUUCAAGUGCCUCGAGAACUUCAUGCAGGAGUACAACUUCUGCCCGAUGGAUCGCAAAAAACUCUCUUUCCAGCAGUGCCACAAGUCCAGCCUCCUAGUGCGAAACCUGUUGGAUAAGCUGGUUGUCCUCUGUCCUUUCAAGGCAGACUGUCAGCAGACGAUGCAGCGGUGCGAACUAGAAGCUCACUUGCAGAACAGGUGUCCGGGUUUCAAGAAAUAUAAAGCUGAACUAGAGCGGAAAAAGAAUCCCUUUCCCAAAGGGAAGGAAGAUCUCCCUGCCAAAGUGGAAGCAAAUACACCCAAGGAUCCCGAGGUACCAAGCGGAGGAUCGUCGCUUGUAGCAGAAAGCUCUGCAGCUGCGGUGGUAUCACUAGGGACUGCGGAGCCUGGACUGGUUAAUCCAGCUUUUGAAGAGACCGAAGAAGACCUUCCCCAGCGAGCUAGUCUCGUGGCUGAAACGAGCACGAUUGAGAUUCACCGAGAAGACCCUGAGGAAGAUCUGGGGAUGAGGAUAGUAGGGGGUAAGGAUACCCCCCUAGGAAACAUUGUUGUUCAGGAAGUCUUGCGGCAUUCUGUUGUUGCUGCAGAUGGAAGAAUAGCACCGGGAGACCAUAUUCUUGAGGUGAAUGGUGUCAACAUUAGCAGUGUGACUCACUGUCAAGCAGUCUCCUUUCUGCGCCACCCUGGCCCUGUUCUUCACCUCAUGGUCCUGCAGGAGAAGGGUUUUUCCAGUAAGACUGUACAGCAGGAUUCCAGUUCUGCCCCAAAUCGGGAAGUGAUCCAUGUUACCUUGGUAAAGAGAGACCGAUCCGAACCCUUGGGGAUCAAACUCAUCAGGAAGACGGAUGAGGCAGGAAUUUUUAUUCUAGAUCUGUUAGAGGGAGGUUUGGCAGCCAAAAAUGGAAAGCUGAGCCGAAAUGACAGAGUGCUGUCCAUAAAUGGCCAGGACCUGAGACAAGGAACACCCGAGACUGCUGCACAGAUCAUCCAGACCAGUGAAUCAAGAGUGAACUUUGUAGUCCUAAGGCAGCUGAGUGUACAGCUGUCGGACUCUGUUGAAGAUGGCAGCACAUCGAACAACAGCAGUAGCAGCAGCAAUGGAGGAAGCCCAGUGCACCAUCGAAGAAGACUCGAUCAGAAUCAUUAUAGACGAAAAUCUACCUACCAGAAGGACCUACCUCAGGGAUACAUAAGUCAUGAGAAGACAGUUUCAGUAAAAAAGGAACCAAAGGAAUCGUUGGGGAUAACGAUUGGAGGUGGAAGGGAUAACAAAAACAAGCUCCCUAUAUAUGUAACGAGUGUACAGCCCAUCGGAUGCCUCUUCAGGGAUGGCAGAAUCAAGCGAGGUGAUGUACUUCUGAGCAUAAAUGGCAUUGAUUUGACUCACCUAAACUACUAUGAAGCUGUCUCAGCGUUGAAAUCUAAUGCAGCUUCCCACUCAGUAGUACUGAAAGCCUUGGAAAUCCUUGCAUCAGACUCAACAGAUCCAUCCUUGGACAUCAAAGAGCAAGGAUUUGGUUGGUCUCCCCUCUGGAUCACGUGGCUCGGACUGCCUAGUUACCUUCACUGCUGUCAAGAUAUUGUCCUGAGUAAAGGUAACCUGGAAAGCUGGGGAUUCAGCAUUGUGGGAGGCUUUGAAGAAAGUAAAGGAAACCAGCCGUUCUUCAUCAAAACCAUAGUGCCUGGGACUCCUGCGUUCCGAGACAGGAGGCUGAAGUGUGGAGAUGAAAUAGUGGCAGUAAACGGAGUGCCUGCUAUAGGAAUGAGCAAUUCGGAACUGAUCCCAAUGCUGAAAGAGCAAAGGAACAAAGUCACUCUUACUGUGGUGUCUUGGCCAGGAAGCCUCGUGUGAACGCCAGAACAAAAUAUGCAGCAGUUUCAAGGAUCAUCUUUGACAUCGGCUAUUUGACUGUUGCACCAAGCUCCAUGUGACAGAUAAACCUGAGCUCUUGCUAUAUACAGUAUAUUGUCAUGGAAGACUUGACUUAAUUCCUUUUUGGAGAAAACAUUUCUGGACUGUGUUGGGGUUACCAACGAAUCUGACUGUUAUGGAGUUGAUGGAAUAGUGAAUCACAGCAGUUCUAGCUUCCUGGACUCAUGAGAGCUCUUUAGGGCUGGUGUGGUGGUGAAGGCUAUUUUUCCAGUGUUUCUCUACAACUUGUCCUAUCUUUACUUUGAAGCAUUUUCCCAUAUAAUGUUCUGAACAGGUUAAAACAGGAGCGACUGUCAGGUACUUCCUCUGCUAGUUAAGAAAGUGCUGUCUACCUGACUGCCAUGCUCAGGCACUGGGUCAUUUUAUAUGUUUUUAAAAGCCACUAAUGAAACUGUAGGGACCAGGCUCAGUUUAGCAGUUCUUAGCCCACAGUACUGAUAGUUGUGGGCAACAGCAAUCUAAUGAAUGUUUUUAUAUAUUACAAACUUGUUUUUUAAGAGCUGCUCUGUUAGCAUUGUUGAGCUAUGCUGACUCAUGAAGGGCCUAUCAGAAAGGGGGAAUUUAAUUUUGAUCCCCUUCCUCAGCUUGGGGCCCCUUGGUUUCAUGACUUGAUAAAAUAAUGAGCUUUUCCACAAAGAAGGUAGAUGACUAAGUAAACGUGAUGGUUGUUUACUUGUGAUAAACCUCUGCCCCAGGAAGCAGUCUUGCAAUUUUUGUCACAGCUUCCCAGUGAUCAGACACAGACUUAAAGCACUGGAGGAGGAGGAAGAUGUGCAUCUCCUUCCUCCCUUUACCAUUGCCUGCCACACAGGUACUACGAGGUAUGGGAGACUGUCAACACACUGGAUUGGGGUGGGCUCAGAAUGGAAGUUGGUUGCCUCUAACCUCUAACUGUGCUGAGCAACCAUAUGAAAUAAGCUACCUCCAGAAGGACAGUGUGUCCACUUUGGCUUCAGUUCAAGUGUCCUGUGUAGUUAACGUUUAGACCAUAAGAAGUGAAGCCAAUGCAGGCUGACUCUGACACCUUGUUAAUGUCCUACGGAAAAUUCUUCAUGAAGCAAUUUUUUUUAACAAGUUAGUUGAUCAGCAGUAGAAAUGACUGAGAUCUUUCUCCAAUCAGGUUGAAUUGAAAAGAUCUUUCCUAGAAUGCUGUUAUUGCUCUAACUCUCAUAGGCCAGCUCAGAUUGUAAGAAUUGGAGUUUUUCUUUCCCAUGUAAAAACGCUCCCUGGAAUGAAUGUCUUAAUUCCUUUUUGGAGUGAACUGACUGCAGAUAAAUGCCCAUCAUCUUAAGCACUGCUUUCUUUCUUUCUUUUUUUUUUUUAAGUAGCUGUUAGCUACUUAGAGCUGUAGCAGAACAGAAUUGUUCCUUGCUGGAUGAUUUAGCUGUUUACACGUAGAGCGACUUCAUUUCCUUUGGCUGUUAGCUUAAGGCAGUGCAUCUAGCAGGGCCUGUUAUCAGAGCCCAUUACACAGAAACAGCCCAGGAUCCAGGUCUCACAAAAGCUGCCCUGGCACCUGCUGUGGCCCCUUUGUUUGGCUGAUAAAUACUGCCAGAGACUUGGACAGCAGAAAGAUUUCUUGGCCAGCUGCACUCCUGGCCCUUCCCCCCCCCCACCACCACCCUGUUGUUCCCUAGUGAAUGGUGAGGGCAAAUUCCAAAGUCAGGAAGGUGCCUGUGGAAAACUAGUCACUCACUCAACUCUGUCUGACACAAAGAAACAGAAAAACCUUAAGUUACUUUGUCUCUUUUCCUACCACGGUCCAGCAGUGGUGCCUGACAUGGAACGGUAAAUAUUUCUGUAGGUAGAAAGAGGGGAGGUUCCUACUGCAAGUAGGGUAAAAGAUGUCCCUUGUAUAAAGUGUAUGAGGAAGAAAUCACGCAGAUGGGGACAGGCGGUUUUAAAUGAAGGGGAUGCUGCAGAAGGCAGCAUGUGUGUGGUGUUAUUUUAUUUCUACUUCUAUUCCAUCUUGUUUCAAGGUGCCUUCAACUUCACCAAAAUGUCUUAGUAAUUAGGUAUCGUUUGCAAGAUC